AUGGUUCAUUUAGAAAACGUCUUUUUAAAGAAUGUAUUAUUGUAUUUACCAACGUUAAAAGAUGUUGGGAGAUUUGCACAAGUAUGCAAAUCAUGUGAAGAAGCAAUCAACACGAUUUAUGUUAAUCCAUAUGAAUUAACAAUCCAUCAUUCAUUUGAUGAAAUUAUUCCAUUAUUUCCUAAUUUACAAACAUUUUAUGUUAGAAGAUGUCCAGAAAGAUUAUACAAAAUAUCAGCAAAUGAUAUUCCACUAAUCGAAAUAGGAGGAUGGAAUGAAACAGCAAAACAAACAAAAAUGUUUGAUACAAAAUGGUUUUGUUCAAAAAUAAGAAAAUUACGAAUGGAGGGAUACUAUUGUAAAAAAGUAAUAGAAAAACAUCCAGAAUAUUUUACACAAUUACAAGAAUUAGUUAUUUUGAAUUCCAAUGAUUUGAAUCUAAUAAGAAAAAUGAUUGAAUUACCAACAUUAAAAAAAGUAAUUAUUCUUUGUACCAACAAUGAAUUUCAAGAACUUUCAAAAAUGGUUGAUUUUAAUAAAUACAAACAAAUCAAUUUCAUUAUUAUUUUAAAUGAACAUGGGUUUAUCUUUAGUCAAUGUUUCGACCAAAUAGAUUAUAAUCAAUUUGUUAAUUGUAGGUUUUACACUAGAGUACUUAAUAAAUCAACAAUAAAUUUACCUUAUUUACCAUCAUUACCAUAUGAACAGAAGUUUCUCAUGGGGUUCGAUAAAAGUGGUGCUAGUGUUGUUAUUAAAACUGAUGUUUUAGAUAAAAUCAAUCAAAUUAAUGAAAUAAUUGUAAAAAAUGAUAUUCGACAUGUUGUUAUUGAAAAUAUUUUAAAUGACUUUGAAGGAAAUAGAAUUGAUUUAACAACAUUACCCAUUGAAUUAUUAUCAAUAAAAAAAGUUGAAAAACAAAAUCUUGUUUUUGUCAUUCCUCCUGGUUUAAAGUCAUUAACAAUUUAUGAAUGUAAGGCAUCAAUUGAUAUUUCAAAAUGUUAUUUAAAAGAAUUAACAUUACGUGAGUAUCAAGGAAAACCAAUAGAUGUACAUGAUGAUAAUUUAAAAGUAUUUGAAACUGAUUUUAAUCAAGAAAUAAAAUGGUAUCAUAAUGAUACAUUACUUAAUCAAAAUGAAAUCUAUUUAGAUGCAAACAAAAUUACUUUGUUUAAAACUGGUUGUUCACAUAUUUUUAUAAAUGGUGAAAGAGUUGAAGAUAACAGUCCUUUAAAAACUAUCAUUUUUAAAUACAAUGAUAAGGAAAUAAGAAUAAAUGAAGUCAGUGAAUUUUCAUUUGAAAAUAAGUUUUUGUAUUGUAGUUUGGGUAAUGUACAAGAAUUAGAUUUUGGAGAAUAUCCAUUUUGUGGUUUUGUUGUAACAAAUUCUAAGAUAAGCCAUUUAAAAAUAAAAUCUAAUUCAGUUGGUUUAACUCAUGUUGAGUGCGAUGAUUUAAUUAUUGACGGUGCUUGUACUCAAUUCGGUUUUACUGAUUGUAAAAUUGAUACAUUGACUUGUGACACUAUCGAAUGUUUAAAUUGCCAGAGGUCAGACAUCACUACUAUAAAUGCAAAUGAGAUCAAGAAAAUUAAUGGACCAAGUGCAAAAUCAAAAAUUAGGAAUGCAAUGAAAGAAAAAGGUAAAAGAAAGAAAUAA